AUGAAAAGUGCAUUAAUUGCUUGUCUUAUCUUGAGCGUAUUUAGUGUUGAGAUUUCUCUCAAUAACGUAGCCACCACAUAAGCACUUGAGAAAUUAAAGGAGUCUUAAUGGGCAUCAUUCAUCGUUGACUUUGCUGAAGUUGAAUUGUCCAGUGGAGGAGCUCUGACAGAAUUAGUAGAGGCUAUUAAUCAAUUGAUUGAUUAAUUAGAAGAAGAGUUGGAUGAUAUUAAUCAUGCCUAUUCUAAAAGAACAGACGAGCACAAUCGUGAUGUGACUAGAUUAGAAUAAGAGAUCUAAGAUGCUGACAGAGGUAUUCGAAUAGUAUCUAACUUUUAAUAGACAUCUUUAACGGAGAAGAUUUCAUUGACAACGUUCUUAUUCCUUAAAAAGAGAGAUUUUAGUCUGCCUUAGCAUAAUUGAAGAACAAUAUUGAAGAAAACAGAAGAGUUCUUGAUGGUGAAACUGUCAAUAGAAAGAAGUAGCAUGAGCAAUUUUUAUCCAACAUUGCUGAAAUCAAUGAAGCCAUUGGUGCUGUCGAUGAAUCCCUUGGAUUAUUGUCAUAAAUUACAAAUCCAUCCCUUGUUCAAUUCAAGAGAGUUUAAACAAAUCUUAAUAGAAUCUAAACAUCAUUCUAAAAUCAUUCCUCAUUUGCUCCAAUCAUUAGAGCACUUCUUGAAUUAGCAACAGAGUAAAACUUCGCUGAUUAAGGAUCCCUUCAAUAAGUAACACUAUUAAAUCUAUUGUAGCUUGUUAAAAUCUUCAACGAAUUGAGAGUCCAAUUUGUUGAUUCUCUUAAUCAAGAGACAGCUGAUGAAAAUGCUGCUGAAACUAAAUUUGCUGAGAGAGUUGCCUAAUUAGAAAAGGAAUUCGCUGAAUUCUAAAGAGCAGUUUUAAUCAAGAACUCUGAAUUAGCUGCUAAUGAAUGUAUCUAAAUUAAUAUUAUACAUAGAAAAAUUAGGAGAAACCAUCGUCUAUGUAGGAUAAAGAAAGGAUGAUAGAGCCACUAUGUAAGCCUAAUUACAAGCAGAAAACGAUAACUAUGCUGCUGAAACUGAUUUGUAUAAUAGAACUGUGUCUGAAUACAACAAAGAAAUUGAAAUAAGUAAGUAGGCAUUAGGUUUACUCACUUAACCCAGUUUCGAAUAAUAUGUUAAAUCAAAAGUAGGAAUUUGAUUAAUAAUUACAUCACAUCCACAAAUUCAAUU